UGCUGCCAUCCACUACCCAUUUAUUUAUUAGCUAAGCUUUCUUGCAGCAGCUGCAGAGAUCGAUCGGCCGCCGUUCUCGGGUGCCGGCGCGGUGGAGGGUAUCGGUUAAGAAGAUCGAUGAGGGGGAGGCUGGGGGCGCUGCGGCGGAACCUGCAAAACAUGAGGAAGAGCUCGCGCGUGGCGGACGAAAGCAUGUUUGGACGAGAGCUGCCGAUCUUCGGGUACGACGACGGGGGCGGAAGACGGCGAUUUGCGUUCAUCAGCGACCUCGUGAGAGCGCCGCUGUGGCUGUUGUCUUGCUUCUGCAGUCAACCGCAUGGGAGUGGGGGAGCGGAUGGGGCGUGGGCGUCGGGGGAGUUUGCGAGGAUAUCGGAGGUGAAUCAUCUGAUGGUGAGCGACAGCAUGCGCUAUGCAAUUUUGAUGUAGCAAGUAAUAAUAGGUAUCAUGUACUGUGUUGUAUUGAUUAGGCGUCUGUUCAGGUGUGCGUGCUUACGCACGUACUUCCGGCGAGUUACCUAGCCAGCAGCCCAGAGGAAGAAAUAUAUAUCUAUUCACUUUGCAUCGUUAGAUCACCACGGGAGCGUACUGUGUGUAUAUAUACAUGAAUUUGAAUGCAAAAUCAUGCUUAGAUUAUGCAUGGUCCGUGGGGUUAA